CCUUCUCGCCGCGGCCAGCCGGCGGUCAAGAAGUCGGUCCCGUCGGAGAACGGCGGCGUUGCCACUGAUUCCUCCUUAUCGGUCGCCGCUCCCAACGGGCGGCCGACCAAGCCGACUUCCCCUAAGCAAGCUUCUGGGGAGAGGACGGUGAAGAAGCUGAGGCCAUCGAAAGCUUUAAUUAUCCCGGAGGGCACGACUGUUUCCGAUGCGUGCAGGAGGAUGGCCGCGCGCAAGGUGGACGCUGUUCUGUUAACGGACGCGAAUGGGCUUCUUUCUGGGAUUGUUACAAAUAAGGAUAUAGCGACGAGGGUUAUCUCGGAGGGGUUAAAGCUGGAGCAGACGAUUGUGUCGAAGAUCAUGACUAGGAACCCGGUGUUUAUCAUGGCAGAUACUCCUGUGAUGGAGGCGCUGCAGAAGAUGGUCCAAGGAAAAUUUAGGCACCUUCCUGUUGUAGAGAAUGGUGAAGUUAUUGCGAUGUUGGAUAUCACAAAGUGCCUGUAUGAUGCCAUAUCAAGAAUGGAAAAGGCUGCAGAGCAAGGCAGUGCAAUUGCAGCUGCAGUUGAGGGGGUCGAACGCCAAUGGGGAAGCAACUUGUCAGCCCCUAAUGCUUUUGUUGAAACACUUCGAGAACGGAUGUUUAAGCCAACUUUGUCAACUAUAGUGAUGGAGAAUGCUAAAGUUGUGGUGGUAUCUCCUUCAGAUCCUGUCUAUGUUGCUACGAAAAAGAUGCGUGAGUUUCAGGUUAACUCGGUCAUCAUUGCGACAGGAAGCAAGAUACAUGGCAUUUUAACAUCAAAGGAUGUGCUCUUGCGAGUAGUUGCCCAAAAUCUUUUACCAGAAUUGACUCCUGUGGAGAAGGUAAUGACUGCAAAUCCUAAAUGUGUUACUCUGGACACAGCAAUUCUUGAAGCAUUGCACAUCAUGCACAAUGGGAAAUUCUUGCAUCUUCCAGUGCUCGGCAGAGAUGAACACAUUGUUGCCUGUUUGGAUGUUCUGCAACUAGCACAUGCUGCAAUUUCCAUGGUUGAAGGAGAUUCUGGAGCUGUAAAUGACAUGGCAAACACAAUGAUGCAGAAGUUGUGGUAUUCUGCCUGUUCUUUCGAGCCGGCAGAUGAGGAAUAUGAUACACACAGUGAAUUGUCAGCACUGAUGACAUCCGAAUAUGCUGAAACUGUCAAGUAUAUGUAUCCCCCUCAUAGUGGAAACUCAUUUGCUUUCAAAAUUGAGGAUGGAAAAGGACAUAUACAUAGAUUUAAUUGUGGUACUGAUAAUUUAGAUGAGCUUGUAUCUGCUGUAAUGCAAAGGAUAGGGCUUGAUGCUGACGCUAACAAACUAAGGCUUUUGUAUGAAGAUGACGAAGAUGACAAGGUUCUAUUAACUACAGAUAGUGAUCUUGUUGGAGCUGUAUAUCAUGCCAGAUUUGCGGGAUGGAAGGUUCUAAGGCUGCAUAUUGAUGACUCAGAAACCAAAAAGGAAGAUCCAAGAUCAUCAGAUCUCACAGAAGUCUCUAGGAGCAGAGUGACAUCUCUUCAGGUGGGAAUUUUGGGAGCAACAGUGGCACUGGCAGGCAUUGGAAUUAUGGUUUACUUGAAAAGAUCCAGGAUGUGACUCAACUGAAGUUUAAAACAAGCUCCUUCUUAAGUCUAGCAAUGACAGAACAUGACAGGACACUACUUGCAAGGCCAUAGAUCAUAGAGAUGCAUGAUGCAUCAACCUAAAAAGAUGGUUCCAUCAUAAUUUGAUGCCACAUUGUAUACACUCAGUCAUCUGCCAUGGGCCAAUACUAGAAUCCAUGGGGAUGCUAUGGAUCAAAUGCAUGAAAUAAGAACAUGCUUCCUACUAGAAAUAUUUGCAGUUUCCUGCAACUUUAUUAUUUAUUUCUUUUUUGGAUGCCAAAAUCAAGCAUGUUGUAAAUGCUUCAUGUAUCUAUUUUAUCAUCUUCUACAUCAGAGUUUCGGUCUCCGCUUUAAUAUUUUUUAGUACUCCGAAUAGUGUCUCUAUGUAUAAUAGACAACUCCAGAAGCAUUAAAAUCAUAUGCCACUUUACAAUCGA